AAUUGAGGUUAAUUUGGAGCUCCCUUUCAUCUAGACCUUCGAGCAAUUUAUCAUGACUGAAAAUUACAUCCUCUUCCCAAUUUUAACAUCCAGUGAUAUGAAAAAUCUGACCAGGUGCGCGGUCAUCAACCUGCAUUGAUCUGUGGUAAAGACCUGAAGAAGACUUCCGUGGUGUGUCGCCCUUAAAAGGCAGCUUAUUAUUUUAAUAUUUAAAUAUGAAAAUAAGUCCCUGGCGGUGUCAUAUAAGGAGUGUAAGUGAUACUUUCCUGAAUAUGGAGUAGAAAACAUUAAGUAUAAGUUUUCAGUAAACUGCAAUGCAUAAAAAAGAAGAAAACUUUGACCAGAAGAAACUGGACUUGGAAGUAUGGCUUCAAAAGAUGGAAUCCAGAUUGGCUGGUAUGGCCCCUGUGGGCCAUACAGCAGAUGUACUGGAGGUUCAGCUAAGAGAGCAAAAAGGCUUGCAUGCUGAAUUGCAUCAGUUCAAGUCGCAAAUAGAGAAUUUUCAACACCUAACGCAACGAUUGAUCACUGCCCACCAACAUGAAGACACCAGCAGAUAUAAAAAGGCAGCGGAAUACAUAAACCAACACUACCUCCGUCUCGAUGCGUGCAUCAUCAACCGUGGCAAACUCCUCCAUUCCGCCCUGAGCUCCCUCCAGAAUCUCGACAGGUCUCUUGAUAAGUUUCUCGCGUGGCUCAGCGAAGCGGAAAGUGUGGUGGAAACAUUGGAAGGCGACAACGAAUCGAGAAGAGCUACCCUUCAACUCAAAGAAUUACAAGCUGAUAUUGAACUACAAGCACAAACACACCACGCUCUUCGAAACUCCAGUUUGGCUUUACUAGGAACGCUUGCAGCUGAAGAUGCCCUCAUGUUGCAGCUUAGAGGGGACGAGAUGGAGAGAAGAUGGCAGGCACUUUGUACUCGAACUUCAGAUCUCAGAAACCGGCUGGAGCACAAUGCUGACUAUUGGAACGCUUUGUUACUUUCAUUAAGGGAACUUACCGAGUGGGUUAUCAGAAAAGAUACAGAACUCGGUCUCGCCGCCAGACAGGACGACCACCGGGCUUUUAGGCAACAACUAGAAGAUAAGCGACCUCUGGUAGAGAGCAGUUUGAGAAGUGCUAGACAAUUUGUAGCCGGAGAUCCUGCUGGUGAAUUGGCAAGGAAUCUGAGAAGGGAAUUGGUGAAGUUGUCGGACAAGUGGAAUGCUCUCAUCGAUAAGAGCGAUCAGUUAGCUGCCAGAUUUGAACAGAACUCGAUUAAACUCAAACAAUUGACUAUUAGUCUUGAAGAAGCAUCUUCGGCAGUGUCUCGUCUCGAACGAGCUACACUAACAUGGAGUGGCCCUAGAAGUGCUGCUGAAGCCAGGGAACUCUUGUCAAAUCUUCGAACUCUAGAACAACAACUGCCUUCCCUACAAAGAACUUUAGAAGAAGCGAGGAUACAAGCUGCAAAUAUUGCUUUUAAUGCAGGAAAUGGUCUACCAAAUAAUCUCGCCGCACAGUUAGAAGACUGUUCUGCCAGGUGCAGGGCACUGCAGGCAGCCAUAAGGGAAAGAAGGGAUCAACUGACGAGUAGUACCCAAGGAGAAAUAUCGCCCGGUCCUUCUAGCGUCCAACCACCAUGGGAGCGAGCCAUCACACCCAACAAAGUACCAUACUAUAUAAAUCACAGCACGGAAACUACCCACUGGGACCAUCCGCAAAUGUUAGAUUUAGCCGCUUGUCUUCUCCAACUUAACGAAGUUCGUUUUUCCGCCUACCGUACAGCUUUGAAGCUGCGCGCCAUCCAGAAGAAGCUAUGUCUUGAUCUCGUUAGUAUAAGUGGUGCUUCGGAGGCCUUCGACUUGCAUGGUUUGAGGGCUCAAAAUGACAAAAUACUGGACGUCGCUGAUAUGGUGUUGGUGUUGCGAGCGAUAUUCGGAAAUAUUAUCGCUAAUGAAACUGUUCAGAUCGAUGUACCCCUUUGUGUGGACUUAGCGUUAAAUUGGUUGUUGAAUGUGUAUGAUAGUCAACGCACAGGACAAAUUAGAGUACUUAGUUUUAAGGUUGGAUUAACACUUUUGUCUAAAGGACAUUUAGAAGAUAAAUAUCGGUAUUUGUUCCGAUUGAUAGCCGAUCCACAGCAAAAAGCCGACCAACGAAAACUUGGACUGUUGUUACAUGAUAUCUUGCAAGUACCCAGGCAGCUAGGCGAAGUAGCAGCCUUUGGAGGUUCUAAUAUAGAACCAAGUGUCCGCAGUUGCUUGGGAGAACGAGAAGAUUUGGAAGCUACACACUUUUUAACGUGGUUGAAACAGGAACCACAGUCCUUAGUUUGGCUACCUGUUCUUCAUCGUCUCGCAGCGGCAGAAAAUGCCAAGCACCAAGCUAAAUGCAACUCCUGCAAGCAGUAUCCAAUUGUCGGCCUCAGAUAUCGUUGUUUAAAGUGCUUCAACUUCGAUAUGUGUCAAUCCUGUUUCUUCUCCGGCCGCUUGACGAAAGGACACAAAUUGAACCAUCCAAUGCACGAGUACUGUGCCGCGACUACUUCAGUUGAAGACGUCAGAGACUUUACAAAGGCUCUAAAAAAUAAAUUUAAGAGUAAGCGGUAUUUCACGAAACAUCCGAGGAUGGGGUACUUACCAGUAAGAUCGGUUCUAGAAGGAGAUGAAUUGGAAAGUCCUGUAGCAUCGCCACAGCAUAACGAUAUGCAUUCCAGAUUAGAAAUCUACGCCAGUCGUUUAGCCGAAGUAGAACUUCGAGCCGCUUCUCCGGAGGAUGAGCAUCGUCUCAUAGCUGACUACUGUCAUUCCUUGGAGGGCGCUCCCGCCAGCCCUGGUCAGUUGAUGCUGGUCAUCGACGAAGAACAGAGAGCCGAGCUCCAAGAGAUGAUUAGAGAAUUAGAAGUUGAAAAUCAAGCCUUACUACAGGAAUACGAUCAGCUUCAGCGGGGCAGUAAUCCUAUUCCACAACCUCAGCCGCAACAUGACGUUUUAGCUGAAGCCAGGCUGUUAAGGCAACACAAAGGUAGACUGGAAGCCCGCAUGCAGAUCCUUGAAGACCAUAACAGGCAACUCGAAGCACAACUGCAACGUCUGCGACAGCUCCUCGACGAACCUGGCCCUACCUCAACGUUACAGACUCGUAGCGUAACAGCGUCACAAUUGAACCAAGACACUCCUGGUAGAAUUAAUCAGCCCCCUCCUCCUGCCGACCAUCGUUAAUGUUUUUCCAAGUUAGGUUAGGUUAAGAAAAAAUUUUGACUGAUUGAUUGUUGUGGCGAGAUGUGAUGUCCUAUCCAGCACUCGCGGUUCGAUUUUCGAAUAGAUUUUAAAAUAUGU